AUGAAGAAUCAGCUCGAUGUCUUUUUACUGAUAACUGUAUCAUAUGAAUAUAAUGAUAUUGUUUUUUUUUCUAAUUUUUAUAUUCAUACUAAUAUUGAUGAUUAUGAUGAAAUGGCAUUGUCAACAGGACACACAACUGAUUACAUUUUCACUGUUUUCAUCAAUCUAAUUCAUUUGACAUUUUAUAAAUCAUCGUAUAAAAAUCGUAUUCCAUUAUUUUUUGCUGAUCCACCUUCUCAUACAUUUCGUUCUUCAACUUUUUUAAAAUUGAAUAUCAGAAUAUAUUCUUUUGAUGAUUGUCUUUAUUUUCUUGAUGGUCAUUUUAAUCAACUUCGCACACUCUAUGUUGAUUUGAUUCAUAUUGAACGUUCAUAUAAUAAUCAAAAUAAAGGUGAUGUACCAAAUCUAAAGUGUUUUCAUUUAUCUUGUAAUUACGAAACAUUUUAUUACGAUGAAUUAAUCUUAUCACUUCUCUAUCGAAUGUCAAAUUUAGAAGAACUCGAAGAAUUUCUUUUUGAUACUAAAAUACAUUUUCAAAAUAUUUUUCUUCGUAUUAAAUGUGAAUCUUUACAACGAGUAACACAAAAUUUUACAAGAGAUGCUACAAGAAUUAAUUGUGUCAAAAUAAAUAAAUUAGAAUUAAGUGGUGAACCAUUAUAUUCAGAUUCUUUACAACAAUAUUUUCCUCAUGCAAGAAUAAGUUAUAAUUUAGUUAUUUGA